AUGUCGGAAAUAAACCCUGCCUUCGUGCUCCACUCAGUCAAGAACGUCUCGUUCGAGAAUCGCGAAGUGCCCAAGCUCCGUGACGAGUACGAUGUUCGCGUGCACGUUGAGCAGACGGGCAUUUGCGGCAGUGAUGUCCACUACUGGCAGCGCGGCCGGAUUGGCGACUUCAUCCUCGAGUCACCCAUCGUUCUUGGCCAUGAAAGCUCUGGCACAGUUGUCGAGGUCGGUAGUAAGGUGAAAAAUGUGAAGGUUGGCGACCGCGUGGCCAUUGAGCCUGGUGUGCCAUGCAGACACUGCGAUUAUUGCAGAGCUGGCUCAUACAACCUAUGUGCAGACACUGUCUUUGCAGCAACACCGCCAUGGGAUGGAACACUGCAGAAGUACUACAUUGUGGCUGGCGACUACACGUACCCCAUUCCUGACCACAUGUCUUCGGAAGAUGGCGCGUUGGUCGAGCCCGUCGCUGUUGCCGUGCAGAUCUGCAAGGUUGCUGAGCUCAAAGGUGGCCAAACUGUGCUUGUUUUCGGAUGCGGGCCGAUUGGUGUACUCUGCCAGGCUGUUGCUAAGGCCUAUGGUGCUAGCAAGGUCAUUGGUGUGGAUAUUUCUGAGUCUCGAGCGAAGUUUGCAAAGGAUUUUGCAGCUGAUGAUGUGUAUGUGUCGAAGAAGCUUCCUGACGCGCCCGAGGACCCUGUUGAAGCUGCUCGCGCUGUUGGCGAGAAGAUUGUCAAGGAUUAUGGAUUUGGAGAAGGGGCCGAUAUUGUGUUGGAGUGCACCGGUGCUGAGCCCUGUAUCCAAGCUGGUGUUUUUGCAACAAAGAAGGGGGGCACUUACGUUCAGGCCGGCAUGGGAAAGGAGAACGUCGUGUUUCCUAUAACCACAGCCUGCAUCCGUGCGUUGAAUGUGAAGGGGUCUAUCAGAUAUACUACCGGAUGCUACCCUGAGGCUGUCAGCUUGGUCGCUUCAGGAAAGGUGAACCCGAGAAAGUUGAUCACACAUCGAUACAAGUUCGAAGAGGCACUGGAGGCAUUCGAGGUUGUGAGGCAGGCGAAAGAAAACACACUGAAGGUUGUCAUUGAGGGUGUACCAAAAUAG